UGCCAGUAGCCGCCGGGAGGUGGAGUAGUGCAGGGCGGUCGGACUGAAUGCGACGGAUACCUUUGAAGUGAUUACAGUGGUGUCUUGUAUAUAUUUAUUUAUCUUCAUAUUUUUUUUCUGUGCGAGGCAAAAUGUGGCAGCCUACGCACGUUCAGGUCACAGUUCAAAGAGCGAGGAAUCUAAACUUCAAAGGCAAGAAUGAUACCAACGACGCCUUUGUGGUUAUCGGGCUGGGCAAGGACAAGUUCCAGACGUCCAUCAAGGAGAAGGCGCCGGCCAGCGUUGAGUGGCACGAGGAGUGUGAAUUAGCCAUCCCGACCCAAGGCAACACCGCGACCCUCAGCCUCACCGUGUACCACCGCAACGCCCUGGGUCUUGAUGAAUUCCUCGGCCAGGUGCAACUUCCGCUCUCAGAGUUCGACGUCUACGAGAGACCGAGGAACAGAUGGCACAAAUUGCGAGGGAAGCCGGAAAAGGACCGCAAGAAGGGGGAGAAGGAGCGGGGGGAGCUGGAGGCCCGCGUCGCCUUCACCGUCAAGUCAGGCUCUCUUCUGGACGUCACCGAUAAGAAAAAAAACAAAUCCAUCACGUCCCUCAAGAACUUAGGUGGAAGUCUGAUGAGUCUAGGCCAUAAGGAGAAGGCAAACAUUAAGAGCUUUGCCAAGUCUGUCAGUCACAAGAUAGACAAGAUCGCUCACAAACCAAGUAAGAAAAAACGCAAAGAGAGCCAUGACAGCCAAGGCUUUCCUCAGGAACUCAUGCAAUCCAGGCAGCGAUUUGAAGAUGCUGAUCCUGGAGUGAUCUCAGACAGUGAUGAUGACUUUGGGUUUAGUGAGGAGGUGAGGGUAAACACACGCUCCAGCAGCCCCUAUAGCACCGUCUCCAGAGGCUCCUCCCUUCAGCAGGAGGAUGAAGUGAUAACCCUCAACAAUACCUCCCACCUGUCAGACUCCCUUGCACCUCCAAAGCCUGCCCGUCUAGGAGGGAAUCUUAAAGAAGUGCCCACAAUAGCCGUGGAGUCACCUGUGCCCACACCUUCCCCUGAGCCCUCCCCAGAGCCACCCACCCGACAGCAGCCUCUGCCCGACCCCCAGCCACCCACUGCUCCCCUCACCUUCCCCAACCUAACCCCAAUCACUCUGCCAGGCCAGAAUCCACCCACUCUGGGCAGUUCAUCCCCAGACUCUGCCCUCACCAAUUCUCUAUCAAGUAGUAAUAAUGGCAGUGGUGCCAAAGACUCACUGGGCAGCAGAGAAUCCUCACCAGAGCCCAUCCCUGCCCGAAGGAAGGUUUUCCCUGAACCCUCCACCAUAGUGACCAGUCCCCCCACCACCAGCACCACCACCACCACCCCAAAUACAUUCUCCUCCUCCUCUGACUCCAACACUCCCAAGGGAAGUGAGACACCUCCCAGUGAGCCAGUUCCUUCACCCAUCAAGACAUCUCCCACCAAAGCUUCCACCAAGUCCCCACAAGACUCCUUGGCUCCUGCAAAGCCUGUUCGCUCAGCAAGGUCCACCAGCUUGACAGAUCCCCCAGCAAACACCCCAAAACUACUUCAGGCUCCCACUACUCCCAAUAAGAGUAGAUCUCUUAGCACCUCUGCCACCCCAAAGGGUCUUGAGCUAGGGAUGUUCUCCCCCACCAACAAGGAGUCUAAAGGAAAAGGGUUUGCCCUGGCAGCCUUGGCCUCAGCUUCCUCCAAGAUGUCUAUGAUUGAAAGUGAGCCCAGCCUCUCAAGCCCCUCCUCUCGACACAACUCAGAGCAGACCCAUGGCAGUGUUGAGGCCUUCCCUCCCCCCACUCCCCCCACUCCAGGUGCCUCUGUGUUCAGCUUUAGCUCAGACUCUGGCCCCAAUACCCCUAAGGAUAGUAGCUCUGGUCCCUCCCCUGCCCCCACCUCCUCCUCCUCGAGCCGGGGCACACCAGGCUUGGCGGAGCGGCCGGGGGCUGCUGUGGUGCGGUCAGGCUCCCUCCAUGAGAAGCCCACCAGCCCGCCCGUCCUGGAUGAGUGGGAAAGGAAACUGUAUGGCAGGAAUGCUAUUGUGGGUAGUAUGGAAAACAUGACCCAUUCAGACAGCCGCUCGUCUCUCAACACCUCACAGUCAAGCAGCACACAGGAGCUCCAUCGCAUUGAGGAACACCGGUCCAGGUUCCCAGAGAUGAAGGUGUUGACGUUGGACCGCAAACUGAAGGACGACGGAGAUGAGGUCAGCGAGAGUGGCAAGAAACGGUGGGGUGGUAAGGGUGGACUCAAGGCAAAGCUGUUUGGAAGUAGUCGUGAGCGGAUUGGGGAGGAAGACGGGCGGGUGGUGGAGGGUGGCAAUGACCGCCUGCCCCACCCUCCCACUAGGCAGUCUCGGCUCCCUCAGGAGAUACACGACAAGUUUGCUGGAAAGUCACGAGAGGACCUGAUGGAGACUAUAGUAACCUUGCAAGCCACCCUUGAGAAGAAUGCUCGCCACACUCGUGACCUGGAGGACUACAUUGAUGACCUUCUUUUGCGGGUGAUGGAGACCACCCCUCAGCUCCUCCAGGCCUCUAACACCAAGAGCAGAACAAAUAAGGUGUUUGGUAACUAUUGAAGUUUUCGACCAUGAAUGUAUUGCUGGUAUUACCUGAGUGUCAGUAGUAGCCUGCUGCAGCCGUUCCCCUCCACCUGUCACUAGACUUGUCAGUGGUGACACAAUAUUGAAGCAAUAAUGAUUAUGCCAUGUCUUAAAGUUUUUGUAACAAGAAAGUGCACUGGUAAAUCUUUAUAGCUAAGGCAAAUGAGGUGUCUUUAACAUUGGAGUACAGGUACCUUCUGUGAUAAAUGAUGAGAGGACUUAUUCAUGUGCUGGGAUUCUCAGGAAUCCUUUGCAGGCACAACCUGGGAGGUUAGAAAGGAUAAUUAUAAGUCUGUUUUGUCUUGAAUAAAUGGUAAAGGAUGUGCAACUCUCAGGCACAUAAGAGAAGGACCAUGUCUUCCAUUUUUGUGGUGUUUUAGCUGCCAGAUGCACAUGCAGCAUAAAUAUAUUCCUGUCAUGCAAAGCUGGCUAGAUAGUUGUAUGGUGUGAAGAAGUGUUUAAGUGUGGGGUGGUGGUGUGGCGUAGUGCAAGGCAUAUGAUGCAGUUUGCCACAUCAGGGAUGAGGUGAAGGGCAGUAGGCUGGAUCAUCCACUGAUGGGUUUUGUGGAUACAGAUUCUUUAUGUAUAUAUUUUCCAGAUCCAAUAAAUAAUUUGUGUGUAAGAUGCCAAGAUACCAAAAUGACUUGUGACUAAUAGUGGGUGUAAGAAAUAUAAUUAAAUUAUAUACUUUACAAGAAUGUUGACUGCAUCAAAAUGAGCAAGUGUAAAUAUAUUGCCAAAGUAUCUUUCUUAGUUAAAAUAUUUAUUUUGUAUCUAUUAGUAAGGAAUUGUAGUUCAUUGUUUUUAAUGUGUUUCAGUGCUGUUAGAGGAAUGAUAAGUCUGGGAUUUAGUCAAGAAAACAGAAGCAAUUGGAUGCUAUUUGCUUUUUCAUGAAGAGAUCCAUUAUGAGGGUUUAUCAUGCAAUAUAUUUACUUACAUUAGUUGUUUGUGGACCUUGAAUAUAUUAUGUCUUCAGAAGCCAUCAGGCAUAGCAGAGCCAUCAUCAUUGUGGAUGUGUGUGUGUGUGUGUGUGUGUGUGUGUGUGUGUGUGUGUGUGUGUGUGUGUGUGUGUGUGUGUGUGUUUGUGUGUAUGUGUGUGUGUGUUUGUGUACGAGUAUGUA